AUGAAUCUGGAUUGUACUUCUAAACAGCCUAUAUGGAUGCUUAAUGAGCGACAGUUCAUAAAUAAGAUGCCAUCGACUCGACCAACCAAUAACAUGAGUGUGGUCGAGAAAGGACAACGAAGCAGUUUACCGGCUCGAUUUCUCAAAGCAGCAGAUCCACCGAAACAUGUCGCCGAGCACCCACCACAGUUGUGUGAUCCCAAGUCGGAAUGUCCACAGACCUUUCAAGUUAUCCAAGAUCUUGGUGAUGGAAAGCACCGACAGUUUUAUCUUCAGCUUCCACCGGGGACAUCCAUCGCCGACGUGCAGCUUACUCAAGCGUUAAACACCAUCACUCCAAUGCAGUUCGUCACACUGACGGAUUCCAAUCCGUUCUCGGUGCAAGGGAAUGUGUCCAACUCUUCUGCUACUACAUCUCCAAGUGUAGUCUACGCAGCUUCUACAUCAUGUUCUAAGCCAAAUGUCUCCCAUAAUUCUACUGCAAUGCUCCAAAUAGCGGAGGACGAGGAGAUCUCCAAUGAACCUACUUACAUGGUAGUAUCAGCGCCUGUAGCGAAGGAAGAGGAACCGUUAUACGUGAAUGCUCGACAAUAUAACCGUAUACUAAAAAGAAGAGCAGCGAGGCAAAAAUUAGAAGCGGAAGGAAGAUUGCCAAAGAAAAGACAAAAGUACUUGCAUGAAUCAAGACAUCAACAUGCACUCGCAAGAGUACGUGGAGAAGGUGGAAAAUUUGAUAAAGGAGGGAAUAAAAUUCCAUCAAAUGGAACUAGUGCACCUUCCCCAACGACACCUACUCCUCCAGCUCCUGAAGCUGUCUCUGAUGUAGAAGCAAAUCAGAAGCGAACACGCUUUCUUCCUAUCCGCGAGCUCAAGCCUCCAACAAAUGGAACCGUGCCCAACCCGUAUGCGAAGGUUAACGGUGCGGAUGGAGAGGAAGUUUUUCAAUAGAAACAUAUGUGAUCUUUGACUAUUUGCCAGUGUCCAUCCAUUUUGUAAAAGUGCUCAUCUGCGCUAUCUGUGCUUUUUCAUUUACGUAUAGAUGAAAUUACUUAUCAAGGGUAGAUGUAAAUAUAUGUUCUGAUGUUACGUUGUGAUGAGUUAAUUUUCGAGUAACUAAUAAACUUACUCCGCUU